GUGGCAGAUAAUGGAAAACCACCGUUGUCAUCUUUGACUUACAUUGAUAUUAGAGUUAUUGAGGAAAGCAUUUAUUCUCCAGCAAUUCUGCCACUAGAAAUCUUCAUCACAGCCUUUGGAGAGGAAUAUUCAGGUGGUGUCAUUGGAAAAAUUCAUGCAACCGAUCAAGAUGUUUAUGAUACUUUGACAUACAGUCUGGACCCCAAAAUGGAAUCCUUGUUCUCGGUUUCCAGUACUGGUGGCAAACUAAUAGCACAUAAAAGGUUAGACGUAGGACAGUAUCUCCUGAAUGUCACUGUGACAGAUGGAAGAUUUACAACUGCAGCUGAUAUUACUGUACACAUCAGACAAAUCACACAAGAUUUGCUAAAUCACAGUAUUGCAAUACGCUUUGCAAACCUGUCCCCUGAAGAAUUCAUUGGUGAUUACUGGCGCAAUUUCCAGAGAGCAUUAAGAAACAUCUUGGGCGUGAGGAGAAAUGACAUCCAGAUUGUUAGUUUGCAGCCUUCUGAUCCUCCUUCAAAUCUUGAUGUCCUCCUGAAUAUUGAAAAGACUGGUAGCUCUCACCACCCAAUGAGAAUUUUGCUCCACAAGAUAAACUCUUCUGUGCCUGACCUAGAGGAGAUUUUAGGUGUCCGGAUAAUUGAUGUGUUUCAUAAGCUUUGUGGAGGCCUAGAUUGUCCUUUGAAAUUUUGUGAAGAAAAAGUAACAGUGGAUGAGAACAUCAUGUCAACCCACAGCACUGCCAGGUUGAGUUUUGUCACUCCCCGUCAUCACAGAACAGCAGUUUGUCUUUGUAAAGAAGGGAAAUGCCCUGUGGUGAGCAGUGUGUGUGAUGGAAGCCCAUGCCCUGAAGGUACCGAAUGUUUAGGAGAUCCAAAGGAAGGAAAAUACACCUGUGUUUGCCAAGACAACAAAGGUGGAGAGUGUCCUGCUGGCUCUGCUGUGACAUUUACUGGGAACAGCUAUGUGAAAUAUCGUCUCAUGGAAAAUGAGAACAAAGAGGAAAUGAAGCUGACAAUGAGACUUAGAACUUACUCUGCUCAUGCAGUUGUUAUGUAUGCUCGAGGAACAGACUAUAGUAUCUUAGAGAUUCACCAUGGAAGACUGCAAUAUAAAUUUGAUUGUGGGAGUGGACCUGGGAUUGUCUCUGUUCAGAGCAUUCAGAUAAAUGAUGGCCAGUGGCAUUCAGUGUCUCUUGAAGUGGAUGGAAACUAUGCACGACUUGUUCUGGAUAGGGUGCAUACUGCAUCUGGUACUGCUCCUGGUACUCUUAGGACCCUAAACCUAGAUAAUCAUGUGUUUUUUGGUGGUCAUAUUCGUCAGCAAGGUUCAAGACAUGGUAGAAAUCCUCAGGUUAGCAAUGGUUUCAGAGGCUGUAUGGAUUCUGUUGUACUUAAUGGACAAGAGCUGCCCCUAAACAGCAAGCCCCGAAGUUUUGCACACAUGGAAGAAUCUGUAGAUAUCACUCCUGGAUGCUUACUGACUACCACAGAUGGUUGUUCAAGCAGCCCAUGUCAGAAUGGAGGCAUCUGCAAUGCACUGUCAAAUGGAGGUUACUACUGCAAGUGUGCACCUUUGUUUAUGGGGACUUACUGCGAUGUGAGUGUAAAUCCAUGUGCUUCCAACCCCUGUCUUUAUGGUGGGACUUGCAUCCCGGUCAGUGAUGAUUUUAUCUGCCAGUGCCGAGGACAAUACACAGGCCAAAGGUGCCAGCUGGGUCCAUAUUGCAAAGACAAUCCUUGUAAAAACAGUGGCAAGUGUAUUGACAGUUUGGAUGGACCUGUUUGUGAGUGUGAAGCAGGUUUCCGUGGAGAAAGGUGCCUGAGUGAUGUUGAUGAAUGCCUAGAAAAUCCAUGUCUUAAUGGUGCCCUUUGUGAGAAUACUUAUGGUUCAUAUCACUGCAACUGUAGCCAUGGAUUUGGAGGAAAACACUGCACAGACAUUGUUCUUAAUAAAUACGUGUCAACAUCUUGGAAUAUUAGCUUAGCUGAAGUGAUUGGGAUUAUCGUUUUCAUCGCAGGAAUCUUCUUGUUAGUUGUGAUUUUUGUCGUUUGCCGCAAAGUGGUUAGUAGAAAGAAGAAGCACCAGCCAGAACCUGAAGACAAGCAACUGGGAGCUACAACAGCCUUCUUGCAAAGACCUUAUUUUGAUGCAAAACUGAAUAAGAACAUCUAUUCUGACAUCCCACCACAGGUUCCUGUUCGUCCAAUUUCAUAUACUCCAAGCAUUCCAAGUGACUCCAGGAACAAUCUUGACAGGAAUUCUUUUGAGGGGUCUGCUAUCCCUGAGCACCCAGAGUUCAGUACUUUUAACCCAGAUUCUGUACAUGGUCACCGGAAAGCUGUAGCUGUUUGCAGUGUAGCACCAAAUUUGCCACCUCCACCUCCAUCCAACUCGCCUUCAGACAGUGAUUCAAUACAGAAACCCAGCUGGGAUUUUGACUAUGAUACUAAAGUAGUAGAUCUUGACUCCUGCCUCUCUAAAAAGCCUCUGGAUGAAAAGAACUCCCAUCCUUACAGCGCUAGAGAAAGCAUGUCUGAAGUCCAGUCUCUCAGCUCCUUCCAGUCUGAAUCAUGUGAUGACAAUGAAUCUUUUGCUGUUCCUGACCUCAGCAAUUCAAGAGGUUAUCACUGGGAUACAUCAGACUGGAUGCCAAGUGUUCAGUUGCCAGGUAUCCAGGAGUAUCCAAAUUACGAAGUGGUUGAGGAGUCAGCUCCCCUCUACACGGAUCCGAAUGCCAUCGAUACAGACUAUUACCCUGGCGGUUAUGACAUAGAAAGUGACUUUCCACCUCCACCUGAUGAUUUCCCUGCACCUGAUGAGCUUCCACCGUUACCACCUGAAUACAGCGACCAGUUUGAGUCAAUACAGCCACCCAGAGACAUGCCAGCUGUAGGUAGCUUGGGUUCUUCUUCAAGAAGCAGGCAGAGAUUUAACCUUAAUCAGUACCUUCCUCAUCACUACCCUGCAGACAUGUCAGAACCUCAGACCACAACCGGUGGUGUCAGCGGCAGUUACAGAGAACCUUAUGCUCCUUACACAUUAGGGUACAACCGAGACUUUGAAGCACCCACUGUAGACAACAUGUCCAUGUCUGUGUAUGCUUCCACAGCUUCCUGCUCUGAUGUGUCAGCAUGCUGUGAAAUGGAGUCUGAAGUCAUGAUGAGUGACUAUGAGAGUGGAGAUGAUGGUCACUUCGAAAAUGUGAAAAUUCCUCCACUUGAUUCCCAGCAACAUACAGAAGUCUGA